GUCAAAAUGUCAACCCUGCAAAUGCGAUCUUUCUUCACCCGUAAAACCCAAUACCAGGGUCAGGCGGACUCGCGGAAUCGCAAAUCGGGCCUCGGAAAGCAAUCGCAACGGAACGGAUUGAUGUACGAGGGCGAAUGGCGGAACGGGUUACGCCACGGCUACGGAAUUGUUUAUCGGAAAAUGCCGGACACGGAAAUGUACGUUAAAGUUUACGCCGGUGACUGGCAGAAUGACCGGAAGCAUGGAUUAGGUAUAAAAUACUACGCAAACGGUAAAUAUCUGGGAUUCUGGGAGGACGACCAGCGCAGCGGUCAUGGAUUUAUGUGGUUCGAUAACGGCAACUUCUACAUGGGCGAGUGGCAAGCUGACCGUUUCGGAGGAUUUGGAGUUUUUCUCAGCGCAUGUGGCAAUCGUUAUCACGGCCAGUUUAGGGAUGGUAAAAAGCAUGGCGAAGGGAUUUACCUGAACUCGAGGACUGGUCAGCUUCAGAGAGGGUUUUGGGAGGAUGGCGUUUGCAAGCUGGGAACCAUCGAGGAUUGGAACCGGAAUCAGGUGGUGUUUCCUACUGUUUAUCCCAUUCCAGAGCUGAAGUUGGCAAACUUUCCCCAAAUUUAUGACAAGUGGAUGAUAGAGCAAACGAUGCCCGUUUGAUUACAAUUUCGGGUGAAGAAUAUUCAAAUAAACAUAAACCAAAAAAACAACACACAAACCCAACUGCAUUCGCCACACUUUCACUUAAGGUGCUCGAGAACCACCUUCCUGCUGAAUUACAGUUCUCACUUUUCGUGCCAGCUCUUAUUCGCACCAGUUUGCAAAGGCAAAAGAAAGCGAAUGAGCAAAAAAAAACCUUCCUGUAAGCUUCUAUAGCAGCCUCCGCCAUUUGUAAGCCAGCUCUGAUGUGCAUACGGAAUAAGGGGCACUGCAGCAGCAGCACCAGUAGAAUAUCCGCAGCGGAAGCCCCCAAGAGGCGUUUCGGAGACCUGCUGUAUGUACUAUGUGUAUAGUCGAGUGCUGUUUUGGCCUCGCCACCUCCGCCUGCCCAUCACUCAUCUUUCAUAGUCCGAUGGGGCAAACUACGAAUAAAAGGUCAAUGA